CGCUGGCUUUAUUCCCGGAUUCCGCAGUCGUGGGCUGGUAGAACCGAGCUCCGAGCUUGAAGAGGCUGGCAGUGCAGGAGCUGCGAGGCUGCGGAGUCCUCGUGCCUUGAGGACAGAUGUGCGCAGGCAUAGGGGGUGCUCCUACCUGAGCUGGGGUGAAGCUUUUGGAGAGGACAAGACGGCCACAGAGAGAUGCAGCCGGAGGAGUCCUGCGCGGGGAGCGCGCCCCCCGGUCCAGAUGUCCCAGAAAGACGCCAGCGCUCGCCAGACCCCGAACCGCGCCUGUCCGGCCAGCUACUGCCCGAGCUCUACAGCUUCGUGGCGCGCGUCCUGUUCUACCUGGCGCCGGUCUACCUGGCGGGCUACCUGGGACUCAGCGUCACCUGGUUGCUGCUUGGAGCCCUGCUCUGGAUGUGGUGGCGCCGGAACCGCCGCGGGAAGCUGGGGCGCCUGGAGGCCGCCUUCGAAUUCCUGGAGCACGAGCGCGAGUUCAUCAGCCGCGAGCUGCGGGGCCAGCAUUUGCCAGCCUGGAUACAUUUCCCAGAUGUGGAGCGUGUGGAGUGGGCUAAUAAGAUCAUCACCCAGAUCUGGCCCUAUCUAAGCAUGAUCAUGGAGAACAAGAUCCGGGAGAAACUGGAGCCCAAGAUCCGGGAGAAGAGCAUCCACCUCAGGACCUUCACUUUCACCAAGCUCUACUUUGGGCAGAAGUGUCCCAAGGUGAACGGAGUCAAGGCUCACACAGACAAAUGCAACCGGAGGAAAGUGACCCUGGACCUGCAGAUCUGUUAUAUCGGUGACUGUGAGAUCAGUGUGGAGCUGCAGAAGAUUCGUGCAGGUGUGAACGGUGUCCAGUUGCAGGGUACCCUGCGUGUCAUUCUGGAGCCCCUGCUGGUGGACAAGCCUUUCAUAGGAGCUGUGACUGUGUUCUUCCUUCAAAAGCCGCACCUGCAGAUUAACUGGACAGGCUUGACCAACCUGCUGGACAUGCCAGGUAUCAAUGAGUUAUCAGACAGCCUGCUGGAGGACCUGAUUGCUGCUCACCUGGUGCUGCCCAACCGUGUGACUGUGCCCGUGAAGAAGGGGCUGGAUAUAACCAGCCUGCGCGUCCCUCUCCCCUGUGGUGUGAUCAGAGUCCAUUUGCUGGAGGCCAAGAAGCUGGCCCAGAAGGACAACUUCCUAGGGCUCGGAGGCAAAUCAGACCCCUACGCCAAGGUGAGCAUUGGCUUGCAGCAGUGCCGGAGCAGAACCGUAUACAAGAACCUGAACCCCACCUGGAAUGAAGUAUUCGAGUUUAUGGUGUACGAGGUGCCUGGGCAGGAUCUGGAGGUAGACCUGUAUGACGAGGAUGCUGACAGGGAUGACUUCCUGGGCAGCCUGCAGAUCAGCCUUGGAGAUGUCAUGAAGAACAGAGUGGUGGAUGAGUGGUUUGUCCUGAAUGACACGACCAGUGGGAGGCUGCACCUGAGGCUGGAGUGGCUCUCACUACUCACUGACCCAGAAGCGCUGGAGAACGAUAGUGGCCUCUCCACUGCCAUCCUCGUGGUCUUCUUAGAAAAUGCCUGCAACCUGCCGAGAAACCCUUUUGACUAUCUGAACGGUGAAUAUCGAGCCAAAAAACUCUCCAGGUUUGUCAAAAAUAAGGCCAGCAGAGACCCUUCCUCAUAUGUCAAGCUAUCUGUGGGCAAGAAGACCUUUACCAGUAAGACCUGUCCCCACAGCAAGGACCCCGUGUGGAGCCAGGUGUUCUCCUUCUUUGUGCACAGCGUGGCGGCUGAGCAGCUCUGCCUCAAGGUGCUGGAUGAUGAGCUGGAGUGUGCUCUGGGGGUGCUGGAGUUUCCCCUGUGCCAGAUCCUCUCCUGUGCUGACCUCACCCUUGAACAGUGCUUCCAGCUGGAUCACUCAGGCCUGGACAGCCUCAUCUCCAUGAGGCUGGUGCUUCGGUUCUUACGUGUGGGGGAACGAGAGCUAGGAAGCCCAUACACCGGACCCGAUGCUCUAAAAAAAGGUCCUCUGUUCGUCAAGAAGGUGGACACCAACCAGGGUUGUAAAGCCCCAACCCUGAAAGAAGACCUUACAGAUGUGACAAGCAUCUUGAACCCUGCCUCUUACAUCAAGGGAGCCUCCAAGAGCACUGAUAACAUCAGUGUGGCCACCAAAGCCCCAGAACCUAAGCCUGAGCCCCAGGAGACAGGCCUGGAGCCCAAAGGCAAGGACGGUGCCACAGGGCUCUGUGAGUCCCUGGGAAGGAAGAAGAACCCAGCUACUACCUUCCUGACUGUCCCAGGCCCGCACUCGCCAGGGCCUAUCAAGUCACCCAGACCCAUGAGCCGCCCUGCCUUUCCAUUCGCAUGGCCACUCACGAGGGUGGCUCCCAGCAUGUCCUCACUCAACUCCCUGGCCUCUUCCUGCUUUGACUUGACAGAUGUCAGCUUCAACACUGAAUCUGGGGACUGCAGGCUGCGACGGCUGGGUGAGAUUCAGCUCACAGUGCGCUAUGUGUGUCUUCGACACUGUCUCAGGGUGCUAGUCAACGGCUGCAGAAACUUGACACCCUGCACCAGCAGUGGCGCUGAUCCCUAUGUCCGCAUCUACCUGUUGCCAGAGAGGAGAUGGGCGAGUCGGAAGAAGACCUCGGUAAAGCAGAAGACCCUGGAACCCCUAUUCGAUGAGACGUUUGAAUUUUUUGUUCCCAUGGGAGAAGUACAGAAGAGGUCACUGGAUGUUGCAGUGAAAAACAGUAGACCUCUCGGCUCACACAGAAGGAAGGAGCUGGGGAAAGUGCUGAUUGACUUAUCAAAACAGGAUCUGAUUAAGGGCUUUUCACAGUGGUAUGAACUGACUCCAGACGGACAGCCCAGAAGCUGACAAUGACCUCUUAUGUCCUGUGUUAGAAAGUGAAUCUGUGUAUUUUUGUCAUUUAAAUCAGAACAUUUGAAGGAAGUAUAUAUUGUAUGAACUCUUAACUACAUGAUACUACAUGGGUAGUAGAAGAAGGUCGUGUAAAAGCAGGAACUAUUCCUGUUAAUUUGGAUUAAUUCAAAUCCGCAAAGAAACGGUGGCAUUUGUAGCUAAGGAGGCACCAAAACCUCAGUAUUGACUUCUCACGUUGGUAAGUAACCUGUGCCUGUCUCCAACACAGGGUUGUGGCAGAGGAAGCCUGUUUAGGGCAUGUACCAGCAGUCCUGGGCAGGUAUCAACCACAGGAGGGCACUCUUUUGUGAACUAAAAAGCAUCCAAAACCCAGAGCUACCACUGCCAAAGCCCCCCCCCUGGUUGCCCCCUGUGAUGCUGUAAGCCUGCCUUGGCCCUGGUUCUGAUUUGGAGCUGUGGUGUAUGUUCCUAGGGGCAACAGUGCUAAGAGUGAUAUCCUUAAGUAAAUGCUCUGGGAAAGCCGAGGCACAAACCUCUGGUAUGCGGCAUUAUUUCCAUAGGAAAAUUUGAGCCCAGCCCCAAAACAAGGUUCGUGUCUGAACCCUGGGUUCAGGAGGCUACAGCACAGCCACCUCCUAGGAGGAAUGGUGGGGCCUUUUUGUAUUUCUGUUAGGCAAGUUUGAGACUUAGUCCUGCUGUUGUAAGAAACUGAUGGGUCUCCCAAAUAUACAUGUUAAGAGGAAAAAAUAUGGACACUGUGUAUUUAAGCAAGUGCCUUUUACACAUUUCAGUUUGUAAGACCAGAUAGACUUUUGUUCUCUGUGUUUCUAGAGUGACGAUCACCCAUUCAGACCACACUCCCUGUCAUCUUCUAUAGUGCUUUUCCUUUUUAUUAUUAUUCCGUGUAGGAUGUGAGCAGGUGCAAAACACCUAUGGAUACAUAGGUUCUGGGCGGGCUUGUGCAACAGAUGACCUUUAGCCAUCUCCGAUGUUCUUCUAAAGAAUGCUACCGAGUGGGCAUGGUGGCAAAUGUCUUUAGUCCCAGCUCUGGGAGGCUCAGGCAAGUGGCUCUCUGUGGGUUCAGGCCAGCCAAGGCUACAAAGUAUGACUGACUCUCAAAAACAAAACAACAAAAAUUGGCAAUGUUCUACUGGGCAUGGUGGCCCACACCGGUAAUCCCAGCACUUGGAGGCCGAGGUGGCCUGCCUCAACAACACAACUAUAGUGUUCACUCUGACUUACUGUAGGGUAUGUGUUAUUUAUUAUAGACUGUAAUAUUCAUAGCUCCAACUCACCUAUCAAGUGUGAGCUGUGGUUUCUGCUGCUGCUGUACUCCUGUGCAGAUGUGUGUCCAUUCAGCAGCAUCCUGAGGAUACAAAACAGUCUACACACUGUCGUCUUUUCCAGUGGCCAGCCCACACUGGAAGUGGCCAGUCUCACUUUCCAGCUUAACAAUGCUCAGUGUAGGCAGGUGGAUCUCUGAGUUCAAGACCAUCCUGGUCUUCAGAGUAAGUUCUGGGACAGCCAAGACUACACAGAGAAACCCUGUGUCCAAAACCAGAAGCCAAUUCUUAGUGUUGUAACAUUAAUUUUUUUUAAUGUUUACACUCUGUCUGUUAGGCCUCAUACUAAGCAACUACAAUAUUUUGUUUGAUAAUGUUUUAGUUUAUAUCCCAGUUGAACCAGACUACCUGAUGCAUAAUACAGAUUUUGUAAAUAUUUC